UCCUUCCGCCUAGUAUGGCAACACUGUUGUUGUCUGCUUCUAGCACGGUGUGAUAUUGAAAUUUUAUAUGCUUACUGUUUCUGUUAUUUCAAAAUGACGGACAGUAGUUCUGAUUGUACUUAUGAGGAAGACUAUGUUUUGUACAAGGACAGACCGCAGUGGAGAGAUGUGACUCCAGUGGCUCAGGACGACGGACCCAACCCUGUGGUCGCAAUCGCCUACUCAGAACAAUUUCGUGAUGUGUAUGAUUAUUUUCGGGCUGUCUUGAGGUCUGGGGAAAAGAGUGAGAGAGUCUUAGACCUUACGAAUGAUGCUGCACAGCUCAACCCAGCAAACUACACAGUGUGGCAGUACAGGAGAGAUGUUUUGCUUCACUUAAACUCAGAUCUCCAGACUGAAUUAGCAUAUAUCAGUGAUACUAUAAACGAGCAUCCCAAAAAUUACCAAGUUUGGCACCAUAGAAGAGUGAUAGUUGAAUGGUUGAAUGAUGCUUCAAAAGAACUGCAAUUUACAAGUGAUAUACUUAUGCUAGAUGCUAAGAACUAUCAUGCAUGGCAACAUCGGCAGUGGGUUGUGACAACUUUUAAAUUAUAUACCGCUGAAAUGGAAUUUGUGGACAGUCUUCUGGAAACUGAUGUUCGUAACAACUCUGCUUGGAAUCAGCGACACUUUGUUAUUGUUCAGACCAGUGGGUUUAUUCCGGAUGUCAUAAACAAAGAAUUAAUCUUCACCACAAGUAGAAUACGAGAAUUAGAGAACAAUGAGAGUGCAUGGAACUACUUGAGGGGUAUUUUGUGUCACACAGAGUCUGGCAAUAUAAGUUCAGAAGACUUUGUUUUAAAAUUCUGUCAGGAUCUGUAUGAGAGUGGAAGUAGAGGACCAUACCUCCUUGCAUUUAUCAUAGAUGUAUGUGAAGAGUCUUUUGAACUCGGUAUUAAUAAUGAGUUUUACACUAUUCAGAAAGCACUUCAGCUUUGUGAAGAUCUUGCUCUUGAGUAUGACAAAAUUCGAAAAGAGUAUUGGAAAUUUAUAUCAAGAAAGCUGACACAGAAACUUGAGUCAAAACCAACAUCUUGAGCCAAAUUUACUGUAAAUCACAAGCCUGAACAUUUUCUUUUAACUUUUUAUUGAAACAAAACGAUCACAAUAAGCAUGGUUUCAGAGCACAUUUUUAAAAACAAAUAGAAACUUACUUUGUAGUUCUAAAUUACAACAUCUGUGUAGGCUAACGGUAUUCAGUUAUUUGAGAAUGUGCUCUUCAAAGAUACAAUUGAUGAUUACAAUAGACAACAAGAUUUAUAAUAUUCAGAGGCUUUCAACCUGUUCAUAAGAUUAUUAUUAUGUAAAAUAAGCACACUGAUAUUUUCAUCAUGUUACUUUUAUCACAAGAGAAAUAUAAACAUUUAUGAAUGUA